AUGGUCGGCUCCUACUCUAAGAAGCGCAAGGUUGCCGAUGGCAUGAAGGGCAAGACUGCUCGCCCGAAGAAGUUCCGCAAGCAAACCAACUACCACAGCUCGGACGACGAGGAAGAAGAUACCAACUUCGCAGCUGUCAACCUUGCCGAUUCAGACGAAGAAGAUGGAGGUGUCCCUGUGACCAAAAAGAAGGCCGUUGAACGCCCAACAAAGAAGACCAAGACCGAAACCAAACCUGCAUUGAAGCCCAAACCUGCCAAGGAAGAUUCCAGUGACGACGAAGACAACGACGACGACGAAAAUGAUGCCUCUGGCUCUGAUUUGGAAGACGAUGAAUACCUUUCGGACGCCUCUAUGGGCAACGGUGGAAAGCGCCGAGCCGUUCCCAAGCGCAACGAUCCUACUGCCUUCUCAACCUCCAUCUCCAAAAUUCUGGCUACCAAACUCAACUCCGCUGCCCGAGCCGACCCUGUACUGUCCCGAAGCAGGGCUGCCGCUGAUAAAUCCGGCGACAUUGCCAACGAGAAACUCGACAAUGCUGCGCGGGCUAAGAUGCGCGCAGAGAAGAAGGAAGAACUGGACCGUGGCCGUGUCCGCGAUGUGAUGGGUAUUGAAAGAGGUCUCGCCGGCCCUGUGGCGGAGGAUGAGAAGAGACUGCGCAAGAUGGCGCAACGUGGUGUUGUGAAACUGUUCAAUGCUGUCCGAGCUGCACAAGUCCGGGGUGAGGACGCCGCUAAGGAGGAGCGCAAGAAGGGAACAGUCGGUAUUGGAGAGCGUGAGAAGGCUACCAACGAGGUCAGCAAGCAAGGAUUCCUUGAGCUCAUCAAUGGCAAGAAGGGAAAGCCUUUGAAUAUCGAGGAGGCUUAA